AUGGCAGAAAUUGGAACAAAUCGAAUUCCAAAAUUCAACCAAGCAAGGCGUGCUAUGAGCUUCUCAAAGCGAACGGCAACAUUGAAGAAGAAAGCUCACGAGCUCCAGACACUGUGUGACGUCAAGAUUUGCAUGGUCUGUUUUGGCCCUGACGGCACCGUCCAGACAUGGCCAGAGGGUGUUGUGGAGGUCAAGGAUGCACUCAUGUCCUGCAAAGAACUCGAUGCUAGAAGGAAACAUGAAAGCAGUCUCUUAGGUCAUUUGCAGGGUAAAAAGACGAAGCUUGAAGUCAAGAUACGGAAGCUGAAGAACAAGAAGGUUAAUGAGCGCAGAGUUGCUAACUGGUCUCUGCAAAUUGAUGGGUUAUCUGAGGAUGCUUUGAGGGAUACAGUAAACGUUUUAGAGUCUAAAUUGUUCGGAUUGAAGGCGAAAAUCAAUUUGUUAAGCAUGGAGAACAAUAGGGAAAAGGCAAUUCAAGAUCAUGAUGAUAUGGAACUUGAAAUUGAUAAAUCAUCAGUACCUGCUGGUGUUGCUGGUGCCAGUGCAGGGAUCAUGGAUACAAAUAACAACACUGUCGAAACUGUCAGUAAUAAUGACAAGGAUGCGGCCUCUAUUGACUUUCAGAUGCCACCAUUACUGAUAGAUUUUGGUAACAACUGGAUGGAGAAUGAUGAAGCCUAUCAACAUAAUUUUGAAAUUGAUGAUUGGUUUAAUCAGUGGAGAGCAAACAGCAGUAUUUGCAAGGAUUAG